CACUAGCAACGCACGACACCAGCAACGCUACACUAGCAACGCACGACACCAGCAACGCUACACUAGCAACGCACGACACAAGCAAGAGUUGAACAAGAUGCGGCUGCUGCUGCUGUGCCUGCUGGUGGUGGGCACCGCCUGGGGCACUCACCUGAUGUACCGCGUGCACUUCAGAAAUGCCUGCCUCUGCCCUGCGUUCAUCAGGAGCUCACUACGCACCGGCAGCGCAGCCAGGUGUGCAACGUACGCGUCAGCAGAAAGUUCUCCCGCGUUUGUCUUCUGUGAGGGCGAGGCUGCGGACUGCAGCCUUGCGACCUCAAACUACACAGUGGGGACCUGGAUAUCUUCAGGGCAAUCCUGCCUCUUGUACUCCAGCUACCCUCCGCCGCCUCCUCCACCACCACAGCCUCAGGGCACGAAGCUGUUCAAGCUGAGCGCGGCGACGACCAGCGCAAGAAGCAUGACGUCACUGAGCGGUCAGGACCUCUGCGCGGCCGAAGGCCUCCAGCUGGCGGUUGUAACGUCUGCGGCUGAACAGCAGCAGGUCCAUGACCAAGUGGGGGCUGAAAUUCUGCGGCGAUGCUACAAUAUGUGCCUGGCUUGGUUCUGGCUUGACUCAUCGCUCCACUGGGCGGAUGGAAGUCUGCUCAACCAGUGCCAGGUUACAAUUAAGAACCCAGGAUCGACGCCCGCUUGCUUCUAUCAAGAUUAUGGAACAACAGGGUUGUUUCGAUACCCUUGCACAAUUGAAGCUCUCCCUGUAGUCUGUCAGACUUACCAGUAAGUGGCGAGAACUUCAUGAGCAUCGGUUUCCAAUUGGCAGUAGAACGGAGAGGAUAUUAGCAAGGGAGCAAAUAGAAGAUCGACUUGUUAAAUGAUGACCAAAGAGGAUAUGAACUUAUGGGGUCGAUGAUUCACCGAUAAACUUACGAGUGAAUCAUAAAUGUCAAUGCAACUCACGUGUCGGAGCUUCUCGCAUGUCUAUGCAAUUUACAUGCCACAGCCUCUCACCUGACUUUGUCAGUCACAUGCAAGAGAAACUCAGAUUACUGUGCCACGAACAGUCAGUAUCACUGACAUUCAUGUCGUCAGACGCUGCUAUAAACUGUAGAGCAAAACCAUCUACAGGUUGUAACAUCGCCUCUCGAGUACAGCCUCUUACAUGGCAUAUCCACCGAGACACUAAGAGCCUUUUCACAAAAAUCAACAAUAAAAGUAGAGUUAGCAGCAACUUAUUCAUUUGUCCAAAUUUUAAACCAAUCCUUACUUCUUUUUCGUCUAAUCCUCUCCUAUUCUCAUACUAAAAAUAACUAACGGGUCAAGGCAAUAUCCGUACACGAUAAUUAUCCUGGUUACAUGCCUAAACAGCCCCUAUAUAUAAUAUCCCUACACGAUGGGUAUCCUGAAUACGCGCCCUAACAGCCCCUAUAUACAAUAUCCCGACGCGAAAAGUAUCCUGGAUAUGCACCCCAACAGCCCUUAUAUAUUAUGUCGCCAAGCGUGAAACACACAAACUAUGACAAAUACCUAUAUAAGAUACUGAAGACUACAAUAUAGCGAAUUACGCAGUGUAUAAAUCUCUAUGGUUGUUAAUGUUGGUAGGAAUUUCAUUGCAAACGAAUAGCCAACAUGCAUAAGUGAGCAAAAUAUGUUAACACUAAAUAAAAGACAUUUCUGAACUUCGCUAAAAUCUCCGGACACUUAAAUAACGUAGGUACGAGUGAUAAGUACCUCAUGAUUGCUUUGCAGAGUCUUGAAGAGCACUUUUUGGGGGUGUGACGACAAUACAUUGUCUUCUGUUAGUGUGUUAAAAAUACAUUGUUACAUUCCUCCAAAUGGCGUAUCUCAAAACGCUAAUUCCUAAUUCUUAUCGAUUUUUGUCAAACGAAGCGAGUACGCCCUUGAGUGUCCGGGUCAAACAAGAAAUGACAGCUGACGAAGUAGAAGUAGUACUGCAAAACUGUGUUGCAAUCUCCGGAAUUAGUAGUGACGUGAUGUAAUGAAACGAUGUAAUAAAUUGCGCUAGUAUGGAUAGGGAAAUGUCAUUUAUAUGUCAGUGCUUUGAUACAUGGAAAAAUUUAUCUCAUUAAACCUUAUUUGACCACUUAGGUGGCUAAUUUAAGUGUCUGACGAACGUUCUAGGGCAAGAGUCUCUGAUAUGCUACGAGGGAAGAGCUGUGCCGUCCACAGCAUUACCUCAUUUGUUACCUUGAGGGAAGAAGUUGAAGCCUUGAUGGCACCGACCGACCAAUGAUCAUUUCUAGAUACCUAAAAAUAUGGUUCUUACAAAACAUGUUUGGUAGAAAUGGAAUGAGUUGGAUAAUUAUUUCUAUCACGAGUGAUGUUAAUUCACAGGGACAGUUUCACAAAAUGUUAAUGUUCGAAGAAAAAACGUUGUUUGGUUCACAGUUGCACACAUCUUUCCGGGUUGAUCAUAAGCAUAUACUAAGUCUAAGAUUCCACUUGCAUGUGUCGCAACCUAUCACAGGAUAUAGAUAUACAUAUAUGUAGCAUUGUUCUUCACACAUUUCACCACACGGAAGAUUCCUGUUUGUAGAUGUACCUUUCAUUAUAGAGGUUUAGAGUGUAUUAUAUUGUAUUGU